AAAAUAGAUCGAUAUAGUGUCGUCGUUUUCGUGUGGCCGCCGUUCGAAUUGUCAUCGUUGCAUUGAGAACAGGCUCUGUUCUGUGUCGAUGGUACACUAUCGAAGAAUCGCAGUUGCAUUAAAGUUGGAAAGCCUUUCGGAUAUCCACCCGUGAAUCGCGGUCGAACGUAUCACGACGUCAACGGUGGGGCCGUCAAACGAAACAUGGCGUCCGUUAGGUUAUCACUAUGAGCGCUCGUCAAUUUGAUCUUAUUAAAUGUGGAAUUAUCGUUUAACCUGCGGACUGACGCGGAGCGUCGCGUCCUCGUGGAGAGGAACACGAUGCUUUGAGAAACACAUAGAAGGCAUAUUCCUCGACUAACCAGAAGAUUUUUAACCGAAAAGGAAUCCUUCUCGUCAACAGUGGCUUGUGGGUAUACACACCCUGACGCGACACUUCGGUGGAACAAUUUCAAGACAACUUUUCGUCAUUCCACCUAUAUCGAAUUAUUGUCCAACGAUUACGUCGUGACAAAAAACAAAAUUGACAUCACUUUUGACAGCCCUUAUGUGACGUCGGUGAAUUCCUCAGCCAAAAUGCCGGCCCCCUACUAAAUUGUUUUUAUUCACGGGGUGGUAGCGAUAACGAUUACAUUCUUUCACCCCGGUUAUUAUCGUGAAUAUUGUGUGUUAUAUCGAAUUCUCAUUUUAAUAUUCAUAUACUAUGAUGUUUAACAACUUGUAUCACAACCAUGUAUCACGUUUACACGAGCAUUAUUAAAAGUUACAUGAUACAUAGGUAAAAAAGUUAUUUUCAAAGUCUGAUAACUUUUCUAAGGACUUUAUGCAAAAUGAAUAAAUGAGAGAAACUCAUUGAUAUAACUUUGUUCAAUUAAUUUAUCAUUUCAAUGGGGAAACCUUGAGAUAAUACUUUUUUGUUUUGUGUGAUGUGUAAUCAAAGAGACAAAUUAUUGUCUAGAGGUGCAAAAAUAAGAGACUGUGAUUUGCACGGACUAAAAGACUACGGAAAGUGUUGAUCCAUAUGCCGCCGGCCGGGCUAUCGGCAAGGGGCUUGUCUACCUUGAUGGACCACGGACAACCAGAUGCUCGUCAUCGGAGCGAGCGGUUUUUACUUUAUCCAGAGAAUGGCUCCACAUAUUCUCAUACUUCUAGUACAGCCACCUUGUCUCCACGAUAUCAAUCUGGAAACAGAGGGAACAAUCAUUCCACCAGUUACGGAUAUUUAUAUGGACGAACGUCCAGUAACAAUAUGUCAGACAGCAGUGUUUCUGAUACACACAGUGGUGGUACGGCAAGAACUGUUUCCCAACAAACUAGUCCAUCUCAUGGAACGCAUUCAUCAUCUCGUUCACGACAAGAUAAUAGCUCAACUAUUUUCACUGCGCUAUAUGAUUAUGUUGCUCAAGGCGAAGAUGAGUUAUCUUUACAAAGAGGUGAAACUGUUGAGGUUUUGUCCAAGGACUCGAAAAUCUCUGGCGAUGAGGGAUGGUGGACUGGAAAAAUUCAUGGCAAAGUUGGUAUUUUUCCAGCUAAUUUUGUUGCCGAGGUAGAGAGUAUCGAUAGGGUAUCAUCAGUGAUUGAUAAAGUUCAACCAAUUGAAAUAGAUUUUGAAGAAUUGCAAUUAGAAGAAGUUAUUGGUGUUGGUGGUUUUGGUAAAGUGUAUAGAGGGUUUUGGCAAAAACAUGAAGUAGCUGUGAAAGCAGCACGCCAGGAUCCAGAUGAAGAACCUAGUGUAAUAUUAGAAAAUGUCAGACAAGAAGCAAAAUUAUUUUGGUUAUUAAAACAUGAAAAUAUUGUGCAAUUAGAAGGUGUUUGCUUGAAAAUGCCAAACAUGUGUCUUGUCAUGGAAUAUGCUAGAGGGGGUAGUUUAAAUAGAGUUUUAAGUGGUAGAAAAAUCAGACCGGACGUUCUUGUAGAUUGGGCAAUUCAAAUUGCACGUGGUAUGGAUUAUCUUCAUAAUAAAGCACCUGUCAGUCUUAUUCAUAGAGACUUAAAAAGUUCUAAUGUGUUACUAAGUGAACCUAUUGAAAAUGACGAUCUUCAAUAUAAAACAUUAAAAAUAACAGAUUUUGGAUUGGCUAGAGAAGUUUAUAAAACCACACGUAUGUCAGCUGCAGGAACAUAUGCCUGGAUGGCGCCGGAAGUUAUUAAAAAAAGUACUUUUAGUAAAGCUAGUGAUGUUUGGAGUUACGGUGUACUUUUAUGGGAAUUGUUAACUGGUGAAACACCCUAUAAAGGUAUAGAUGCAUUAGCUGUAGCUUAUGGUGUUGCAGUCAAUAAACUGACGCUUCCAAUUCCAUCAACUUGUCCUCAACCUUGGAGGUGUCUCAUGGAAGCUUGCUGGUCAUCAGACAGUCAUUGCAGACCUGGUUUUGCGGAAAUUUUAUUAGCAUUAGACGAAGUACGUAGUGCAUUUGCAGCAACACCACAUGAAUCAUUUCAUACGAUGCAAGAAGAUUGGAGGCUUGAAAUUGAACAAGUUCUUCAUGGAUUGCGCAUGAAAGAGAAGGCAUGCCGUUCUCUUGAAGAGGAAUUGCGCUGUAGAGAAGAGGAAUUGACAAAAGCACAAGUGCAACAACGACAACAUGAAGAAAAUUUGCGACAACGAGAACAAGAAUUAGCGGCACGUGAAAUAGAUUUAUUAGAACGUGAAUUAACAGUCAUGAUAAUACAACAACAAAAUACACCUACGCCGAAUAAAAGGCGUGGUAAAUUUAAAAAAUCUAGAUUAAAAUUAAAUAAAAAAGAACCAGGAAGUAAUAUUAGUGCUCCUUCAGAUUUUCGUCAUACGAUAACUGUUCAGCAUACGGCCUUAGACAGAGGGAAAGGUAGAAAUCCAUCAAAACCAAACAGUCCACCAGGUUCACCUAGUAUUCCAAGACUUCGUGCAAUUGCAUUACCAGCAGAUGGAGUUAAGGGUAAGACUUGGGGACCAUCUACUCUUCAUCAACGAGAGCGUGGAGCUAUAAUCACACAACCACCAAAUCCUGCAUCGCCCGGUGGCAAACGUUGGUCUCGUUCUGCGCCAGAUCUUGAAAAGACUCCACUGCGUACAGCUUUGCUGGCAAGCGCACAUCGUUCCCCGCUUCUGCAAGAAAUAGGCCUUUCUGAAGAAAGCAUUUAUCCCACUCAUUAUACAGCAUUACCAUCUGAUAUCUCAACCGAAUGGGUACCACCGGAUUAUUCGUUAACACCUGGAUUGACUGGUCCUUACAUCAUGCCAAUGCCUGUUCCUAUGCCUACUCUAUACAAUGGUGAAAUGAAAAAACCAAAGUUAAGCAUAAUUGAGCUGGUAUUAUACAAUAUCGCAGCCAUGUUGGCUGGUGUGGCGACAGGGUAUGAUGUACGAAUGUCAAACAUAUCUCCAAUUCAUCCAAGACUACAUCCACGAUUAAAUGAAUGCGAAGAUGAUAUACCAAGAUGGUGGUUACAUGGAGAUUUUGGAUCAAAUCGUAAUUCUAGUUACCUUGGCCCUGACUAUGAAUUUAGUUCGAGCAGUGGUUAUCCUCAUAAUACUUAUCAUGGACCAGCUCGUCAUUAUAGGCCAUUUUUGAGUAAUAUGGGUGGUAUUGCUCCAGGUCUUCCUCCUAGUGUUAUACCAGAUAAACCUUUACGGUUUACAGAUUCACCACAACAUUAUGUCAGUAGUACAGGUUCAAAUGCCCCAACACCAAGCCCACGUAGAAAAAGUAGUAGUACAAGUAAUGAGGAUACAUACCCAUCUGAUACGGGUAGAGUUGAACGUAUAGAAAGGGCACCUACAAUUUAUUUAGGAAAUGUUGCACCAUUUCCUGAUUAUGGACCACCAGUGUAUUCAGUUGUUCCAUCGGUAAGACGUAAUCAACCUGAACCAUCUUAUUUUGUACAUCCAGAUUAUCAUGAAAGAAUGUUAGACUGUGCUGAAUUUCCACAUGCAUAUGACAAUCCAAGUAGUAUAAAUAAUACUGCUCGACCUGCAUCAAGACUUCCUUCGUACACACACCAUCGCACCUCAUCGAACGUUUCCAAUGCAAGUACAUCAAGUCAGAGUAACAUUAAUCCAACAUUUCGUUUAGAGGAUGAAGAAAUUUACUCUUUAUAUCCACCAGGUUCCUAUUAUCCACGAUCAUCAAACAUUAUCUCAAAUAUAGCAUUAUAUAAUUCUGGUAUACUUAAUCAUGAAUAUGGUCAGACAUUUAUAUCCCGUCAAAAUUCUCACGAAUCAAAUUCGAAUUCUGGAGAACGUCCAAGUAAUCUCGAAGUAGUUACACGUUUACGUUCGAGUUUGAAACGAUCUAAUUAUUCUUAUAAUUCUCCAAAUAAAGGUACAAGUAAAAAUAAUUCAGGAUCUUGUACGCCAACGAAUCCAACACCACCAGAUUCAUUAACGUCGGAAGAUUCGAGUUACGUUUCAGCAAAAGAUAGUCAAAUUUCUAUAAGUAGAGUUAGAUUUUCUCCUGUAACAUUUGAUCGAGAAGUAUCGCGCGAUAUUAGGGAAACAUUAUUAGAUAUUCCUGUGCAUGGACAAACGCAAGAUGCGACAGUACCUUUACAAGCUAAUCGGCGUCCGAAUAGAAAUAGAAAACCAAGUAUCUCUGAAUUAGAAAGAGAAUUUUUAUCAUAGCACUGGCUUAUUUAAAAUAAUGGGAAGAUAGCAAGAGUUAUUAAUAGCCAUUGUAAUAAUCUAUUCAUUUUGAAAAUAUCAUACACUGUAAUUUUUGUGUAAUUGAGAGAUUCGAAUGGAAUGUGCGGCGAAAUACUUUAAUAGGGAAUGUUAUAAGGGCGAUGUAUUUACGAUCUACGUCAUUAAAACACUGCCUCUUGUAAAAUGUUUUCAUAUAACAAUAUAUUACAGAAGAUCUUAUACACUAAGAAUAUUUUACAUUCCAGUUUAACUUGUUAGUUGAGAUAAUCAAGAUGAUUAUCUAAUAAGAUAUUAAUCUAUUUAUAAUGAACAAAGAAUCAUUGUGUCUCUUGCAUUACAAUUUACAUUACAUAAUAAUUCAUGAAAAUAAUAGGAAUAUAU